GAUUUUGAAUUGAAACCCCUACCCAAAGCUAAGUUAAUUUAGCACCUCUACGACAACAGCAGAGGAGGACCCUGGAUCUACGCAGGUGGAUUGAAUUAGAGUACACAACUUUAUUCGUUGUGAAUUGGCAUUGGUCUAGAAUUGAUUGUUGAAAUUGUUGGAAGGUAUUUCUAACACAAGUAUAGAUUUUAUUCGCGGUUAAUUGGAAUACUGUUAUAGUUUCCCCCUCCGUGUAUUGAUUAUACUUCUACUAGUUUAUAGAUACAGGCAUUGGGUAUUCCCUUAGUGUUUGUGUGUUUUCUGGUAAAAGUCUUGGCCUACAAGUACAAUUUGUUUUUGAAAAAAGAAAAAAAAACAUUUGAUAAAUUUAUUGAACUUUAUUAAAUUAAAAGUUAACAAGGGAUAAAAUGAAGCCAAAUUCAUCUCGUCCUCAUAGACAGAACUCCACCAAUGGAGGCCAACGUAGAACUGGUCAACGUGGUGGCUCCGGUAGUGCCACUAGUAGUACUGGAAGUGUCAACAACAGUUUCUCUAGGCAACAGCAUGCCAAUGAAUCUGAAAAGCUGAUUAAUGACAAAUUAGUUCAUUUGGUGGCGAAUUCGGUUGGUCGUCCAUGCAUUGUAACCGUUACAUCUGGUGCUAGAUACUUGGGACUUCUUCUCAGUGCUGAUUUGUCAUCUUCAGAUCCAGCAAUCCAGGGAGGUAGUCCAUCCCCCUUAUCUGUGAUCAUUCAAAAUCCUCGUCUUUUUUCAAAGGCAUUGAUUGAUGAACCAAAUAAAGUAGAUAGUCUUCCUGAAAAAUUGAUUAUCCAAUCUAAGGACUUAAUGGAUUUGGAAGUUCAAGAUGUUGAUUUAUCUUUAAAAUCUGGAACUUCAACAACUUCAAAUUCAACUGCAACUUCUUCCAAGUUCAAAACAGACACUGAUAUAUCCGGUAAAGGUAGAGUUAAGGAACGUGAACUUCAAAGGUGGGUUCCUGACGAUGACUCCGCUAUGUUGACAUUGGAAGAUGAUGGUGGACAUUGGGAUCAAUUCAAAGUAAAUGAAGAAAAAUUUGGGGUUGAAUCAACUUAUGACGAACAUUUGUAUACCACUAGAAUUGAUACAUCAGCUCCAGAUUAUCAAGACAAAUUGAAGUACGCUGAAAGACUUGCUAAGGAAAUCGAAGGACAAGUGACUAGUGAUCCGCAUAUGUUGGAAGAAAGAGGAAUUGAAGUUGAUGAUAGUGGGGUUGAUGAAGAAGAUAAAUAUUCGGGAGUUGAUAGAAGAGGUGAUGAAUUAAUGGCUGCUUUAAGAAAUGCAAGCAUUAGUAAAGGAUCAGAAGUUGAAAGAGGGCCAGGUAAAUAUGUCCCUCCAAGACAAAGAGCGGCCCAAUAUCAUGAUGAUCCAGCUAUUAUUGCAAGUUCAGCUACCAUUCAAAAGAACAAGGAUCACGAGUCUUCCAAGGCAAACAAACCAGACUCAAUUCCUGCUAAACCUCAAGUUGGUCAAGUGAAUGAAUCUUUCCGAUUGAAUGCACAAAGUGAAAUCAAUUCAUUGCGUGAAUUUAGUGCAAACUUUAAAAUUCCUCACAAACUUCCACAAGAUUUAUUACCAAUUUUAUCGAAAGAUAAGUUGAAGCAAGAUGAAAUUGUAAAGAAGCAAGUGGAAGAACAAGCGAAGAAGGAUGAGUUAUUGAAGAAGGAACAACAGAACAGUGGUAAGUCUCUGGCAUCGGUGACACCUGUACCAUCUUCCACUCCUGCUCCUAGAAAAAAGAUGGAUCCUACCAAGCCUGCUUUCAAAUUGAAUCCAAAUGCUGCAUCUUUUACUCCAUCUAAAACUCAAUUGGCACCAGCACCUCCAUCUUCCAAUUAUAACAAGUCUCCUAAUAAUCCAUCCCCUAGAAUCAACCAUCAAAGGCCAUAUUCAGGUAAUACCAGUAGCGGGUCAUUAAUGAGUACUAAACGUCAUCAUCAUAUUUCAGCCUCUGACUUUUUUGGUGGUGCUGAUAAAGUCCCCACAAAGAAAGGACAAGAGAAAAAAGUUAAAGAUUUCAAACUUGCAUUCAAUAUGUUCUUCACUGUAAAGGAAAAAUCGGAAGAAAAGACCGGUCCAGUUUUGUUUGAAAGGACUUUCAUUACACCACCUACAUGGGAAUCUACCGUUGAUGAAACCCAUGAUAGAUUAUUCCCAUCUCCCAAUGGUGCCAAUCCACCUACACCAGUGAUACCUGGCGCGCCUACUUUACCAUAUUUGCCUGGUCCAAUGAUGGGUGCUCCUAAUGGAAAUCCUGGAAAUAUGAUGGGUGGUUAUCCAGGAAGUCCUGGAAAAUUCCCAAUGUCUCCACAACAACAACAUCAGCAACAAGUUGCUGCUGCUGCAAUGGCAGCUGCUCAUUUCCAACAACAACAAUUUCAAGCUGCAAUGAUGUAUCAACAACAACAUCAACAGCAACAAUUUGGUGGUGGAAUUCCUCCGGGUCAACCACACAUGCAAAUGUAUGGACCUAAUGGAGAGCCAGCAUUCCUCCCACCAGGUGGGUUUAUGGGAGGAGCUCCUGGUAAUUUUGUUGGUCCCGGUAGUCCUGUAAAUGGACAAAUAGUGAUGAGUCCAACACAAUUCAAUCCAGGAAGUAACGGUGCUGAUGGUAACUCAAAUAAUCCUAGUAAACAUAGUGGAAAUGCUGCACCAAAUUAUCAAAAUGGAGGAAGGAAGAUUGCAAAUAACAACCACAAUGCACCUACUGGAUCUGGAAAAAAGGCUCGUAAUGGUGCAGAAUAAUCGAAGGAUUGGCUAUCUAGGUCAAUCCUUUUGAUAAGAAAUUGACCUAAAUGAGCCAAUUUAUUAUUUUUACUUUUUCAAACUUAGUAGAUUUAGGUAGGUAAGUAAAAAGCAAAA